CUCCACCGACACGCAGCACACCAGCCAUGGACGCCUUGCAGGCUCUGGUCGAGGACCUCUUACAGCAGCAUUUGCUUGUUGCCGCUGCUGCUGGUGCGCUAGCAGUCGUCUACCUCCUUGUCAAACUCCUCCACGACACCGAGCCCGCAAAAGAUUAUCAGGUCACGCCGCCAGAGCAAUGCCAGCCGGGGUGGAAAGGAAAGGUGCUUGAGGGACCGUCACUGAAGGCUCCUGGCUCCAAUGACAUCCAAUGCUAUUGUCCCGCGACCGGCGAAGCUCUGGGCACGAUCACCCCCGCGACACCGAAGGAUAUCGACAGCGCAGUUGCACGGGCGAAGGCGGCGCAGGAACAAUGGCAGCAUACGACCUUUGCGCAGAGGCGCCAGGUCUUGAAGACGAUGCUCAAAUUUAUUCUCGCGAACCAGAAGACGAUAUCGACCGCUGCGUGCCUGGACAGUGGCAAGACGCGUGUGGACUCCAGCUUCGGCGAGAUUCUCGUCACGGCGGAGAAGCUCAGGUGGACAAUCGAUCAUGGCGAGAAGGCGCUGAAGCCUGAGAGGCGUCCGACCAAUUUCUUGAUGAUGUACAAGAUAAACGAGGUCAGAUGGGAGCCUCUGGGCGUGGUGUCCGCUUGCGUGAGCUGGAAGUAUCAGUUCCACAACCUCCUCGGCCCCAUUAUCUCUGCUCUCUUCUCCGGAAAUGCCGCUAUCGUCAAGGUUUCCGAGCAAACGUGCUGGUCCUCGCAAUACUUCAUGCAAAUCGUCCACGGCGCCCUCACAGCCUGCGGCUACAGCUACGCCAGCGACCUCGUCCAGUCGCUCGUCUGCUGGCCCGACGUCGCGCCACACUUCACCUCGCACCCCGGAAUCGCGCACCUGACGUUCAUCGGCUCGCGCCCAGUCGCGCUCAAAGUCUGCGAAUCGGCCGCCCAGGCCCUGACGCCCGUGUGCGUCGAGCUCGGCGGCAAAGACGCGGCCAUCAUCCUCGACGACGUACGCAACCUCGAAAAAGUCGGCCACAUCAUGCUCCGCGGCGUCUUCCAAGCCGCCGGCCAGAACUGCAUCGGCAUUGAGCGCAUCAUCGCCCUCCCGAACGUCUACGACCGCCUCAUCGACUUCCUGACCCCCCGCGUCAAGGCGCUGCGCUCCGGCUCGGCCCUCACGAGCGAGGCCGCCGGCCCCGACACCCCCGCCGUCGACGUCGGCGCCAGCAUCUCCGCCGCCGGCUUCUCCCGCCUCGAGAACCUCAUCCAGGACGCCGUCAGCCGCGGGGCGCGCCUCUUGGCCGGCGGCUCGCGCUACGCGCACCCAGACUUUCCGCAAGGCCACUACUUCGCGCCAACGCUGCUCGUGGACGUGACGCCCAACAUGCCGAUCGCGCAGGAAGAGUGUUUCGCACCCGUGAUGCUGGUCAUGAAAGCCGCGUCCGUGGCCGCGGCCGUCGACGCCGCAAACAGCACGCCGUACGGACUGGGCGCCAGCGUCUUCGGCUCGCGCUCCGCCGACCUGCAGUACGCGGCGCGCUGGCUCCAGAGCGGCAUGGUGGCCGUCAACGACUUUGCCGUCUACUACGCCGUGCAGCUGCCGUUUGGCGGCGUCAAGGGCAGUGGCUACGGCCGGUUUGCGGGCGAGGAGGGCCUCCGUGGCAUUUGUAAUGGGAAGAGCGUUUGUGUGGAUCGUUGGCCGGGCUGGAUUGAGACGGGCAUUCCGCCGGAGCUGCAGUUGCCGGUUAGGAAUGCGAAGAGGGCGUGGGAAGUCGCGUGUGGUGUUGUCGAGUUGGGGUAUGGGUUGGGGUUGGGGCAGAAGACGAAGGGCUUGAGGCGCAUUGUGGGGUUGUAAGUAAGUGGUAUGUGUGGGAGCGGGUGAGCCUUCUUCUGCUUCGUGUCUGUGUGGAGGCAUGGGGCUUUGUGGAUAUGUUUCUGUGUAGGUGUUUAAUCUUGUACGCACGCUUUGUCCUUCUUGUCUGCAGUUGUGUCUCGUGUGUUAUACUUACCGGAUCUUCCACUUGGGUAUGAAGGUAGGAACAUACGAAGUUAUGAAAGCACUCUUGAAGAAACAUAGCGGUUCAACCAAUAGACAAAACAAGGAGAAGAGAGUAGUUGGAAUAGAACAAUUUACUUGGUACAAAUUCUGCUGCCCU